UUGCUUCCAUUGCCAGCCUUAAACAUGGUGGCUGUAAUAAAAUCUUGAGAGAGCUGGUGAAGCACAAACUUCUAGCUUACGAACGAACCAAGAGUGAGUUUGAAUUUCUGUUGGGCUCCGUCUGUCAUUCUGUCCCCAGCGCCUCACAGUGAUACUUGCAGAAGUACACAGCUUGGCAUGUAUGAGCAUCCAGAGCACUUGCUAACCUUGCCUCCUCCUGGACCUGCCCUGGGAAUACGGAUUUGCGCAGCACCAAAUUACCUGUCUGCUGAGCUGCUGGUGAUGAAUAUGUGAUAAAGAUGACAGGCAGAAAAGAGAUGAACACUGAAAGAGUUCACUUUCUUUUUUGCUCAGUCACCAAAUGUUUUGUGUUUUAUCGUUACCUAGCUUUCCAGGGUUAUCGGUUAACUAAUGCAGGAUAUGAUUACCUUGCUUUGAAAACUCUGUCUUCCCGACAAGUCAUAAAUUCUGUUGGAAACCAGAUGGGUGUUGGCAAAGAAUCAGAUAUUUAUAUUGUUGCAAAUGAAGAGGAGCAACAGUUUGCUUUGAAAUUGCAUAGGCUUGGAAGAACUUCCUUUCGCAGUCUGAAAAAUAAACGUGACUACCACAAGCACAGACAUAAAAUGUCAUGGCUGUAUUUAUCACGGCUAGCAGCAAUGAAGGAGUUUGCCUAUAUGAAGGCUUUGCAUGACAGAAAAUUUCCUGUUCCAAAACCUGUAGACUACAACAGGCACGCAGUUGUUAUGGAACUUAUUGAUGGCUAUCCUUUGUGCCAGGUGCACCACAUGGAAGAUCCUGCCGCUGUCUACAGUGAAUUAAUGGAUCUAAUCGUAAAUCUUGCCAAUCAUGGUUUGAUUCAUGGGGAUUUCAAUGAAUUUAAUCUCAUAUUGGAUAAUGAUGACCAUGUCACUAUGAUUGAUUUCCCUCAGAUGAUAUCAACAUCACAUCCAAAUGCUGAAUGGUACUUUGACAGAGAUGUUAACUGUAUUAAGGAGUUCUUUAAGAAACGCUUCAACUACGAGAGUGAGCUCUUCCCAGCAUUCAAAGACAUCAGGAGAGAGUGUUCUCUCGAUAGAGAGAUUGCUGCCAGUGGCUAUACAAAAGAAAUGCAGGAAGAUGGUGAUCUGCUUUACCCACCAGGUUCUGAUGAGGAUAAUAAUACAACAGAGGUAUCAGAAUUUGUAGAAGAUGCUGAGAAUAAGAUAAACUUCUUCAGCACGGAUGAAGAAGACAAUGCAGACUUCAUGGAUGAAGUGGCUGAUUUCUCUGAAAGCAGAACUUCUGAUGACUUUAUGUAUAACAAAGAAGAGGCUGAUACAACUGAAAGUAGUGAAAAUACACAAAGGCUGAAUAUGUCAAAGUUGAGUUCAGCCUUAGAAAAAGUUGAAGGGCAAGCUAUGCUUUGGAAGUCUGGUGAAGAUGCAGAGAAUUCUGCAAUUGCUUUUUCUGAGGGCAGAAGUGGAACUGAAAAUGCUGCUGAAGUCGAAAAUCAGACGAGUCAAGGAGUGUGUUGUAAUGAUAAGGAGGAUGGUGACAAAUGCCCUGAUCUGGUUGACUUGUCAACUUCAAAUGAGAAAUUUAGACAUUACAGAAACGAAGAGAGCGUCGUUCAUAUUGCUGAGCACAGAACAAGGACUACAAGUACCACAUCAGCCAGAAGUGUUGGGAGCUGUUCAACCAUUCCAGCGGAACUGGUGAAACAGAAGGUAAAACGUCAACUGACCAAAUCUCAAAAGUCUGCUCUGAGGCAACGGCUGCAAAAAGGAGAGGCAAAUAUUUAUACGAAACAGUAUCGAGAAAAUAUGCACAACAUUAAGUCAAGCUUGGAUGCAGCUAGUUUCUGGGGAUAAUUUAUUAAAGCUCCCAUAGAAUAUGAGAAAACCCAUAAUGUAUACAGUUGAGAGACAUAACAGAGCAAUCUCUUCUAUACAACCAAAUGUUUUUCUGGAAAUUGAUAAACCUCAUUCUGGUUCUGUGAUCUUGAUUGGGGGAUUUUGGUUUUUGUUUCUGGUUAAAACCGUUGACUGUAAUUAAAUCAGUAGUACUGACUAAGAUCAUUUAUCUAUAGUAAUUUCCAAUAAUAUCUGGUAAAUCUAUUCUACUGUGUUUGUUUAGAUUAAGUAUCUUCUGUUGUGCAGAGGAUUCCUCUUAAGAGGAAAGGAAAGGAAUUUUUAAAACCAAUUUUUGCAAUGACAUGAAAUUUAAAUUUAAAAUGCUGCGCUAUGUUAUAAACGGGUACUUUUUUGAUUUCAUUAAAAAUCACAAAUACGAACUUGAUAGCAGUUAGUACUCUAAGAAUUCUUUUGUACCUGUACGAACAUGAGCAAUCCAUAUGAUGAAUAUGCAUUCUUUGAAGCCAGCAAUUCUUACUUUUUCCUUCACUCCAAAAUCUUGCAUGUAAAUCUUGCCCAGAAGAAUACAUAAAUGUUGUACAGCCUUGUCAAGCACACAAGUUUUUAAUGUGCCUGCACAGUUACCAAUAAAUGCAAUUUUUUAAUAUCUAUUAACUUACAUAAAGUGAUGAGGAUUCUGAAAGUUCUCUUUUCAGUAAUACUACCAUGACUUUUACUGUGUUAUAUGUUUGGGGUCUGAAGACCUAGAAGAAGGACAAGUAUCUUAAUUUUUAUUUUUAAUUUAAGCAAGAUAUUUCUAGUAAUGAAAUUGUGUUUAUGAACACAUAAUAAGGAGAGAAGCAUUUAUGAAAACUGAAGCAAGACAGAGCAGUUUAAACUUUUCUUUUUUUUUUAACCUUCUACCCACUGUAUCUGUGCUUAAGAUGUGAGGUGGAGCCCUUCUUGGGAAGGACAACUUGUUAGAAUCUAAAUUACCAAUCUGUAAUUUGGAAAAUCUUAAAUCUUUUACUUGCCUUAGUAAAAGAAAUUAGGGACUUGGGCUUUGACCUGUGUUUUUUUGCUUGCAUGUCUGAUACUAUCUGUUCUUUGCCCUAUGUACCUGAUAUGCCUGAGUACGUUAUUCAGGUUUUAGCCUGUGGAAGAAUCGCGGCCUCUGUUCUGCCUUGCAGCACUCUCUUGCUCUCAAAGUUCUUGUCUUCUCUCUGGAACAAUGUAAAAACUAGUCUCAGCCAGCAGCUGUGCAUGGUCUUAAAUAAAAUAGAUGCAGUAGGUAAGUGUUGCUUGUAGCAUCACAAAGUGUUCCACAUAGCAUCACAGCUGCAUGAAAGUAUUUUGACAGAAGUGAGGAAGUCUGAUUAAAUCUUAACACAUAAGUGAUUGCAAUGAAGGUAUGUAGGCCUGUUUCCUGAUACAGCUAGAGCUGAUUUUAGCAGGAGUAGAAAAGUGAAUUUAAUUGCAUUUCCAUUUUAAACAUUAAGGGGAAAAAUUUUUUUUUAUGUUUCUAGGCUUUUCUCUGUUAAGAGACUGGUUCAAGUGACAAGAUCUCAGUUACCGUUCUUUGGCUAAAAUGUGCAUGCAUUUUUUGGCUUCUAAUUUAGGACUUCUCAAAGGGAAUGAGUUCUUACUGGUGUGCAACUUUAAGUCUGUCUUGGUAAUUGGUUCCAAAAAUAUACAAAGGCUGUCUGUUUGAUUAAGCACCAUGAGAGAAGAAAGGAUGAUGGAAAUCUUUGCUAUUUAUUUUCAGAAGGUUCCUUUAAAACAUCCAUUAACUAUUUUAAAGGUAUUCUAAUGGAUGGCUGUAAGAUACAAGUUUCAUUUACUCUGCCAGAUGAGACUUUUCUGAGUAUGGAGUUAGUGAGGGAUGAACUAAUCCUCGAAGUUACAGCUUAAUAUAUCUUCAUUAAACCUGUUUUUUUCCAAAGCAGCAGAAUUCCUGAAAUAUGAAAGUCAUCAAGGGUCACAAUGAAAUUUACACAUCAAAGGGACUUCAGAGUACUCACUCACUUGAAUGUCAACAAUAUGAAACAAAGUAUUUAGAAUUAAGUUAGGAAAAUGAAGAAAGUAAGACAAUAGUGCUAUGCUGGAUCGACGGGCUGAGGCCAAUGGUAUGAGGUUCAACAAGGCCAAGUGCCAUGUCCUGCACUUGGGUCACAACAACCCCAUGCAAUGCUACAGGCCCA